CACUUACACUCCGUCACCUCCAUCUUGCCUCGUACCACACGACACAGCACUAGGUUCCUCCCUAGCCACAAGAGGGUUAGACCGAUCUCUUCCCCUUCGGGAUGUUUACGUCUCGACUUUAACGUUCUCUUCCAAAAUAUUUUAAGUACUCACGCAAUCGCCAAUUGCGAAAUCUCAUUCAACCUCUCUCCAAUGGCUCAAUUAAACCCCAACUCGCAGAUAACCUGCGACGUCCUUGUCCUAGGCGGCGGCAACGCAGGUUUUUGCGCCGCCAUCUCAGCCGCCCAAUCAGGAGCCCGAAAUGUCCUGCUCAUUGACAAAUGUCCCAAAGAUUGGGCAGGAGGCAAUUCCUAUUUCACAGCUGGAGCUUUCCGAACUGUGCACCAUGGCAUCUCGGACGUUCUUCCCCUUGUCAACAACGUUUCUUCGUCUCUUUCCGAUAAGAUAGAUCUUUCACCUUAUACCAACCAAGAUUUUCUCGGUGAUUUAUCAAGGAUAACGACAGGGAGGUAUGACAAGGAAUUAGGGAAGGUGUUAGUGGAGGAGAGUAAUGAGACGGUGAAAUGGUUGAGUGGAAACGGGGUUAGGUUUCAAUUGUCUUUCAACAGACAGGCGUAUGAGAUUGGUGGCAGGUGGAAGUUCUGGGGUGGUAUGUGUUUGAAGACUGAAGAGGGUGGGAAAGGUCUGAUUGAGGAUCAUCAGCGGGCUGCUAAGCGUGCUGGUGUCAAAGUUCUUUAUUCCACGGCUGCAAAGCAGAUCUUCUCAGAUCCGAAGACUGGUGCUUUCAAAUCUUUACUCGCUGAGGAUAAAGAUGGCAAGACUCUAUUGAUCAAUGCUAAAGCUGUGGUCUUGGCUGCUGGCGGCUUUGAGUCCAAUCCCCGGAUGCGCUCUCAAUAUCUCGGCCCAGGGUGGGAUCUUGCAUACGUCCGUGGCACUCCAUAUAACACUGGCGAAUGUCUAGAGAUGGCCAUUCGUGAUAUCUCGGCCAAGCAAGCCGGUCAAUGGUCUGGCUGUCAUUCCGUGGCCUGGGAUGCCAAUGCCCCAGCCAACACCGGUGAUCGUGAGAUCUCAAACGAAUUUACUAAGUCUGGAUAUCCGUUGGGCAUCACCCUCAAUACCCAAGGAGAACGCUUUUUUGACGAAGGUAGCGACAUAAGAAACUACACCUAUGCGAAAUUCGGACGAGCCAUCCUCGCGCAGCCUCAAGGCCUCGCUUUCCAAAUCUGGGACUCCCACGGAAUCGCCUGGCUCCGAGAAGAGGAAUACAGACCGGAGAUCGUGGAAAGAGUGAACGCCUCAUCCAUCGAGGAACUUGCUCAGAUUCUGGGCAAGUCAUACGGUCUUGCUAGUCCUGACAACUUUGUAAGGACUGUGAAGGAAUACAAUGAAGCCGUGUACGCGCAUAGACAAGAGAAUGCGAACAGAAGCUUGACCUGGGAUCCAGCAGUGAAAGACGGACUUUCAACUCAAUCUUCGAAAGCUCAGCUCAAGGUGCCGAAGAGCAAUUGGGCUUUACCACUCGAGAAAGGACCGUUCAUGGCCGUCAGAGUUGGCUGUGGAGUGACGUUCACAUUCGGUGGCCUGGCCGUGGAUCCACAGACGGCUGGGAUACUUUCGUCAAGUGGUAAGAAGGUACCUGGUGUGUUCUGUGCUGGGGAGAUGGUAGGAGGAUUGUUUUAUGAGAAUUAUCCUGGUGGGAGCGGAUUGACGUCUGGUGCGGUGUUUGGCAGGAAGGCUGGCAGAGAGGCGGCUAGGGUUGCUACAGGAGGCGUAGAUGAGGCUGUUCGAUCUAGGCUGUGAUUCUAGCACGGCUUCCUAAUUGUGCCCUGCUUCUCGCUUUCCUUCCCCUAUCCUUAGCGAGUGUCACGUGCGAGCAUGAUUUUAGAUUCCAGAGUCAUGAUCAGAAUCCACGCUUUGUAUUCAGUAUACUACCGCAUAUCUAAAGCACGUUUCUUCUUCAACAAGGCUACAUUUCGAGAC